UUUCUUGUGUGUAGAAAAACAUAAUUUGUGGAUUGUAGGAAAUCCUACUCUCUCUCAACAAAAUCAGAAAACAUGAGGGUGAGUGUGAAAGAGUCGAGUAUGGUGAGGCCAAUCUCGGAGACACCGAGCGGGAGUUUGUGGCUCUCGAAUAUAGACUUAGUGAUGCCUACUACCCUCCAUCCUAGCACCGUCUACUUCUACCGCUCCAAUGGCGCCGCCACGUUCUUCGACGUUGCAGUGCUAAAGGAUGCGCUUGCGCGUGUCCUAGUUGACUUCUACCCCUACGCCGGGAGGCUGGAGAAGGCCGACGAUGGCCGCAUACAGAUUAACUGCAACACCGAGGGAGUAUUGUUCGUGGAGGCCGACUGCGACGCUCAACUCGAUGACUUGGGUGAUUUCAGCCCUCGCCCCGACCUUGCUAAUCUCGUCCCAAAUGUCGACUAUUCCCACGGAAUUUCUUCCUUCCCAAUUUUGCUGCUACAGUUGACCCGCUUUGAAUGCGGCAGUGUUUGCUUAGGCGUUUUAAUCGAGCACCACAUUGCGGACGGCUUCUCCGCCCUCCAUUUCAUUAACACUUGGUCCGACAUCGCCCGCGGCCACACUGCCUCCGUCCUUCCUUUCCUCGACCGCCGCGUCCUCUCAGCGCGCGUCCCGCCUCAACCCCAAUUUCCCCACCCCGAAUACCAGCUCCCACCGCCGCUCAAAACCCCUCUCCCCACCACCACCAACACCAACGAAUCACACAUAAUAUUCACCCUCACCCGCGACUUCCUCAACUCUCUCAAGCAAAAAUGCAAUCGACAAAAUGAAUCCACCUACACCACCUUCGAAGCAGUCACCGGCCACGUGUGGCGCUGCGUCUGCCAGGCCCGCGGCCUCCCUGAAGACCAAGAAACCAAGCUGCAGAUCUCCACAGACGGGCGGGCCAGGCUGCAGCCACCGCUGCCGCCUGGUUUCCUCGGCAACGGGGUGUUCUUCACCACGUGGACGGCCACUUACGGCGAGCUGGUGUCGAAUCCAGUGGAGGUGGCGGCGGAGAAAGUCCACGCGGCGUUGCUCCAAAUGGACGACGAGUACUUGAGGUCGGCGCUGGACUACUUGGAGCAGCAGCUGCCAAAUAACAAGGACAUCGCGAGAAGCGAGGGGAGUGUAAAGUGCCCUAAUUUUGGGAUAGCGACGUGGGUGAGGCUGCCGUUUUACGAAGCGGAUUUCGGGUGGGGGAAGCCGGUGUAUGCUGGGCCGGCGGGGCCUCAGUAUGAAGGGAAGGCUUUGUUGUUUGUUGAUGGCAAAAAUGAUGGUAGCAUGUUGAUGGCGAUCACGCUCCUCGAAACUCAUAUGCACGCCUUUCAGAAGUUGCUUUAUCAUAUUUGAGACCACUUCUUUUAUUUAAAUAAACAUUAUCCGAUGCUUUUAAUAAAUAAAUUCAUUAACAAAAUGAA